AUGACAAAAAUAAAAAAAGAUGUUGCCGUUAUUAUGGGAAGUGAGUCAGAUUACACCACUAUGGUCCAUACCGUCGAUAUGCUAAAAGCAUUAGAAGUUUCACAUGACAUAUUCAUAACAUCUGCACAUAGAACACCAGAAAGGCUCUUCAAUUUUGCUAAAUCUGCACAAGAAGAAGGUUUUAAGGUUAUUAUAGCUGGUGCAGGAGGUGCAGCUCAUUUACCUGGUAUGGUUGCGUCAUUAACUUGUUUACCAGUUAUCGGCGUUCCUGUGCAUAGUAAACAAUUAAAUGGACUGGACAGUCUACUCUCUAUAGUUCAAAUGCCAAAGGGUGUUCCAGUUGCAACCAUGUCUAUAGGAGAAAAUGGAGCAUAUAAUGCUGCCAUUACCGCCGUAUCUAUAUUGUCAAUUUCCAACAGUGAAAUUGCAGAUACAAAAACCAUAAACCGUAUAGCAGCGGGGGAGGUGAUAGAAAGGCCAGCAAGUGUAGUAAAGGAAUUAGUGGAAAAUGCAAUAGAUGCUGGAAGUUUAGAAAUAGAAAUUAAAAUAGAAAGUGGUGGGCGUAAUCUUAUUACUGUGAUAGAUAAUGGUAACGGAGUAGAAAAAAACGAUUUAGAACUCGCAUUUAUGCGUCAUGCCACCUCAAAAUUAAGUGAUAGUGAGUUGAUAGAAAUCAAACAUCUUGGUUUUAGGGGAGAAGCUUUACCUUCGAUUGCAGCAGUAAGCAGAAUAAAAUUAUCAUCUAAGGCAAAAGGAGCAAGUGAAGCGUGGUCUAUAAGGUAUGAGGGCGGAGAAAAAAUAGGGGAGCUUAUGCCUUGUUCUUUAUUGCAAGGUACACAUAUUGAAGUGAGAGAUUUAUUUUUUGCCACUCCAAAUAGGCUAAAAUUUCUGAAAACCGAAAGAGCGGAAACGCAAGCUAUAGUUGAUAUCGUAAACAACUUAGCAAUGAUAAAUUAUAGAAUAGGGUUUACUCUCACUUCAGGUAAUAAAAAGCUCUUAAAAUACGCUAAGCAGAUUUCGUUAUUUCAUAGAUUGUGUGAAGUAGAAGAAGAAUUUCAGGGCAAUUCUUUAGAGGUCAAUGAAGAAGACGGCAUCAAACUUACGGGACAUAUCUGCAAACCAACUGUCAACCGCGGUAAGUCAACUAUGAUCUAUACGUUUGUUAAUGGAAGGCCAAUCAAGGAUAAUCUACUUAUUGGUGCAAUUCGAUAUGCGUAUCACGACUUUAUUUCAAGCGAUAGAUAUCCUUUUGCAGUGCUGCACUUAGAAGUACCAUACGAUCAAGUAGAUGUAAAUGUGCAUCCAAAUAAGUCAGAAGUAAGGUUUCAGAAUAAGAAGCUCAUAUAUGAGAUAGUGACAAGAGGAUUAAUCAAAGCAUUGUCAAGAAGGAUAGGCACCUUUCCAGCUAGUACUACUAAUGCGAUAGAGGGUCUUUUGAAAGGUUCAUUAUCAGAUUCUUUUGAUAAGUCUAAUGUUCAAAAUGAAAGAAGGCCAAGUCCUUUUGAAAAUCAACUAAUAAAAGAAUUUACUUCUCCAAAUGAAAGAGCAAAAGGCUUAUCAGAACAGUCAAAAUCGUUUGAUUAUACUGACAUACAGAAAUUCCCAUCACAAGCAGAGACUAUGGUUCUAGAAAAAAAGGUAUUAGAACAAGUUGAUUUGAUAGAGAGCCACCCGCUCGGGUUUGCACGCUGUCAGAUCUAUAAUACUUAUAUUAUUGCCGAGGUAAGAGACAAAUUGAUUAUAGUCGACCAACAUGCAGCCCAUGAAAGGCUAGUAUAUGAAUGCUUAAAACGAAAAUCAAGUAUAAAAAAACAAAAACUGCUUCUUCCUGAAAUGGUUGAAAUCAAAAAUCAAGCCGGAAUGGAGAUGAUUGAAACUUAUAAAGAUAAGUUAUUUGAAAUGGGUUUUGAUAUUGAAAUCAAACCAGAAAAUAAAGUGAUAGUAAAAGAAAUCCCUGCAAUUUUGGGCAUAAUAGACGUAAAAGAGAUGCUAAUUAAUAUAGUCGAUAGAUUAACGGAAAUAGAAGAUACAUUGCCAGUAGAAGAUAAAGUGAACAAAAUAUUGGCAACUAUCGCUUGUCAUGGAUCAAUUAGAGCAGGCAGGAAAAUGAAGUUGGAGGAGAUGAAUGAGCUGCUGAGACAAAUGGAAAAAACCCCAUAUUCCGGGCAAUGCAACCAUGGGAGACCAACCUAUAUAGAAAUGAAAUUGAGUGAUAUUGAAAAACUGUUUGAGCGCAGGUAA